UUGAAAAUCUUAUUUGAGGUGGAGUUCCAUCUCAGUGCUUGCGAGCAACAAGUGAAAUAUCUGCUUGACAGUUCCUUCCAGCAAGUGCAAUAUAAGGAUCCGACUACGUUAGGCGUCAACAAUACUAACAGUCUUGUCGUAGCUGAGACCUAUGCAGAAGUUAUUGGUGUCUUGUCCGAAACUCAUUUCACUCAGAUUCACAAACAAUUUAUGGCAAUACUCACCGAUUUGAAGAAAGACAGUUUACCAACUGUCAGCCACAACAUGAUCUCUCUUCUGAUGGCUAUGAAGUUUGUCAAGAUCAAGACAAAUCAAGUGGAAGAUUUCGAAAUGGGUAUCAAAUUCCUGGACGAUUUGGGUUCAUUUCUCUUGGAAGUGAAAGAUAAGGAUGUCAAGCACGCUGUUGCUGGUCUUUUAGUAGAAAUUCUUCUUCCUGUGGCGGCGCAAAUCAAACGUGAGACCAACAUCCCUGCUUUAAUUACUUUUGUUGGCAAACUGUAUGGUCCUACCAAUGAACUGGCGUCAAAAAAGCAGCAUAAACUGGCUGCAUAUCCACUCCUUACUUGUUUGCUCUGUGUAAGCCAGCGCCAGUUCUUCUUGUCCAACUGGGUUCCCUUCCUCAACAAUGCUCUGGCUAAUUUGAAGAAUAGAGAUUCUAGGAUCUCACGUGUGGCGUUGGAAUCCCUCUAUAGGCUGUUAUGGUACGUUUUUGACUACUGA